UCUUCGUUUCUCUCUUUCUUUAGCUCCCUCUCUCUCUCUCUCACUCGCCUUCUCUUCUUCUCAUUCUUCAUCUUCCUUUCUCAAAAAACUUACAUUUUUCUUAUUCUUUUCUCUGUUUCUACCAGAUAUGAACAAGACCAUGGUUCUUCUCGAAAAAUAUCCAAUCUAAAUCAACCAAAAUCAUCAUUCGAAUCAAAGGACAAUUCAAAUAAAAUGAAUGAACAUCAAGCCCAUUCCCAUCUCGAUGAAGAAUCUGAUACUGAUCAAGAAACUGAUCGUCUUUUGGGUGCACAAAGAGUCGAAGAAAAAAAUAACUUUGAUGAAAAGAAUAAUGGUUACAUUAGAAAAAAGAACAGUCCUCGAGAAACUCUUAUUGAAGGAGUUCUGUUUAGAGCUCGUUACCUUGGAUCAACCCAAUUAAUAUGCAAUGGACAACCAACCAAAGCGACUCGAAUGAUGCAAGCUGAGGAAGCGGUUUCCCGGAUUAAGGCUCCGGAUGGUGAAUCUCAACCCAGCACCGAAGUGGAUUUAUUUAUUUCUACUGAAAAAAUUAUGGUUUUAAAUACAGACUUAAAAGAAAUAAUGAUGGACCAUGCACUAAGAACAAUAUCUUAUAUAGCUGAUAUUGGUGAUCUUCUUGUUUUAAUGACUCGACGUCGUGUUGUCAAUCCUUCAGAUGAUUCCAAUGACCAUAAAAUGAAACGUAUUCCAAGAAUGAUAUGCCAUGUCUUCGAGUCAGAAGAAGCCCAAUUUAUUGCUCAAUCGAUUGGACAAGCGUUUCAAGUUGCCUAUAUGGAAUUUCUGAAGGCAAACGGAAUAGAAGAUUCUAGUUUCGUUAAAGAAAUGGAUUAUCAAGAAGUUUUAAAUUCUCAGGAAAUUUUCGGCAAUGAGCUGGAAAUGUUUGCCAAAAAGGAUAGGCAAAAAGAAAUAAUUAUUCCAAAGCAAAAGGGCGAGAUAUUGGGCAUAGUAAUUGUAGAAUCUGGUUGGGGCUCAAUGUUACCCACCGUUGUUAUUGCUAACAUGACACCACAAGGUCCCGCUGCUCGGUGUGGACAAAUUAACAUAGGGGAUCAAAUAAUUGCAAUUAAUGGAAUCAGCCUUGUAGGUUUACCUUUAUCGACUUGUCAAAGUUAUAUUAAAAAUACAAAAAAUCAAACAGCUGUGAAAAUGACACUGGUUCCUUGUGCGCCUGUGGUUGAAGUGAAAAUAAAGAGACCUGAUACAAAAUAUCAAUUAGGAUUUAGUGUUCAAAAUGGAGUGAUUUGUAGUCUUUUACGUGGUGGUAUAGCUGAACGAGGAGGAGUCCGAGUGGGUCAUCGAAUCAUUGAAAUUAAUGGACAAAGUGUUGUCGCUGUGCCACAUGAACGGAUUGUCAAUCUUUUAGCAACCUCAGUAGGAGAGAUUGCUAUGAAAACAAUGCCUACUUCAAUGUAUCGUCUUUUAACUGGUCAAGAAUCGCCUGCUUAUAUUUAGAAUUGACAAAUUUUCAUCGACUCCCUCUUUCUGUGUAUUUCUCUCUCAAUGUUUUACCUCCUUUGGAAACUUUAUAUUCUCAUAUACAUAAAAAUUUCGAGGAUUUUGUGCCUUUGAUCAUUUGGUUGAUGAUGGAAGGUUUAAUAACAACGCUUAUAGAAUAGUUAAUUGUCAGAAAAGGAAAAAUUUUCUCUUUAAAUUCAAAUUUGCAAAUCACUUUUUUCCAUUAAUCAGAUCAACUUGUAAAUCUGAUAUUAUAAUACAGUCAAGAUCCUCAGACCUUGUCAACUAUAUUUUCCUAGUUAAUUAAUUGGGAUUAACUUUUACAUAAAUUAUUUCCUGAUUUAUGUUUGCAAAUUUGGGAUUCACUUGACCAUAAACACAGUUUAAUUUAACCGUUUUAACACCGCAAAUAAACCCAAGCAAUUAAAAGUUGUAACUGUUGUAAAAGUAUAUCGUCCAGACAAAUGAACGUACGAAACAUUGGAAACUCAUUUUCAUCAUGGAUUCUGGUUUUUUAAAUUCUGCUUUCAAUCCUCUGAUCAUUAACAUUAUCAUCAUCAUCUGUAUCUUCAACACACCAUCAACUUAAUGUCAACCAUUUGUACUUACAUCUAUUUAAUGAUUGUCGACAAUUUAGUCAACCUUUCUUUUAAUUAAUCUCUUCUCUUUCAAUCAAUCGAAUUUUAUCAAUUUAUCAUGUUAAUAUGAUAAUUUAUAGAUUAAUUGGAAUAUAACUGAUUUCUAAUUAAUUUGAUAAUCAGCUGUGGAAACUUUGAUAAGUGACCGAAUAUAAUUUAUAACUGAAACCAAAACAUCAAGAGAGAAAUGCAUUUACAGCUGAUUAUCAUCUUCAUCUCUCUCUCUCUCUCUCUCUCUCUCUCUCUCUCUCUCUCUCUCUCUUGUGUUUAAUUCUAACGAUAUAAACAAUGAUAUCUUUCUCAUUAUCUCUUGUAUAAGUGACCUGCUGAUUGUGAUUAAAUGAUGAUCUCAUUUUUUGUAAUUAAAUUUAUUAUCAAUGUCAA